AUGGCAGAGCGUAUCAAGGAGGUGUGGGCCAACAACCUCGACGAGGAGAUGUCCUAUCUUCGAGCGGCCAUCGAGAAGUACCCGUUCGUCGCCAUGGACACCGAGUUCCCCGGCGUCGUCGCUCGCCCGAUCGGGUCGUUCCGCGGGUCGAGCGACUACCACUACCAGACGCUGCGGUGCAACGUCGACCUGCUGCGCAUCAUCCAGCUCGGCAUCACCCUGUGCGACGAGAACGGCGAGCUCGCGCCGGGCGUCUGCACCUGGCAGUUCAACUUCCAGUUCAGCAUCAACGACGACAUGUACGCGCCCGAGUCGAUCGAGCUCCUCACCAAGUCGGGCAUCAACUUCAAGCGGCACGAGGAGUACGGCAUCGACGUCGAGCACUUUGGCGAGCUCCUCAUCUCGUCGGGCCUCGUCCUCCUCGACGACGUUCAGUGGGUGUCGUUCCACAGCGGGUACGAUUUUGGGUACCUCCUCAAGCUCGUGUCGUGCUCGCCGCUGCCGCCAAGCGAGACCGAGUUCUUCGAGCUGUUGCGCAUCUGGUUCCCCUGCAUCUGGGACAUCAAGUACCUGAUGAAGAGCUGCAAGACGCUCAAGGGCGGCCUGCAGGAGGUGGCAGAUGACCUUGGCGUCGCACGGAUAGGCCCGCAACACCAGGCGGGCUCGGACAGCCUGCUGACGGCCGCAACGUUCUUCAAGAUGCGCGACAAAUUCUUCGAGUCGAGCAUCGACACCAAGUUCAUGGGCGUCCUGUACGGCCUCAACUCGUCGUCGACGCCGGGCAACCCGGCGUACCCGAGGGAGUACAAUGGCGCCGUCCACUACCCGAUCAACAUGUCGUCGACGCCGACGCCCCAAGCUGCGCCGCUCGCCGCCGCCGCCUCGUCCGCCAUCGCCAUCAUGUCGCCCUCGCCCAAGCCGCAGCCGCGGUGAGCCUCGUUUGUCGGGCGCUCGCACGGUCUGAGGCUGUGUCGUUUGGUCGUCGUCGUCGUCGUCGGGACCUUGUUGUAGCUCUUUCCCUCUGCUGGAUACCCCCUCGCUCUCUGCCGUUGCGCAAUGUACAGCAGGUUCUCGCUCU